CUGGCUCACAGGGAGAUUUCGUUCACCCUCGAGUGGUUGAGGAAGCUCGCCUAGCUACCUCUGGGUCUAGCUCUCCUAUCUCUGUUACCCUUGGAGAUAACAAGACACAACACUUCUUCGAUCAGAUGGUCCCCGACCUCCACUUCUCCCUCACCCUCCAGCCAUCGGAUAGUACCCAGACGCCUAGGCGCUACCAUUCCUCCACGUACUUCGACGUAUUGGAGACUGGGUACGACUUUAUCCUUGGCACUCCCUGGUCUCGCCGGUUCCGUGGUACAGAGGCCGAACGGGCAACUGAGACACUCGUUCUCAAAACGAAGUGUGGUCAGACCUAUCGCGUUCCGUUCACUGGAACCACGGGCGACACCCCUCCAGACCUACCUUCCCAGGACCCUCGUCCCUCUGAAUCCCACCCAGACAUCGCCUUCACUUCUCCUCGUCAGUUUGCUCACUUCUUACGAGAGGAGGACGUCACGUUCUACUCAGUGAACGUCAUGGAUCUUCUUCGCUAUGAUCCCCUCUGUCCCAAGGUUAAACUCAUCUUACUGGAGCCCGAUCCUCCUGACCCUUCCUCCAUCUUCGCGGCUCCCAUCUCUACGUCCACCCGUCAGCCUGCGGAUACCCCCUCCACAUCCCAGGCCCUUGCGCCGUCGACUGUCGAGUCCACACAUACGUCUCGUGCCGACGCGGACAUUGAGAAACUCGCACGGUUCACAACAGACUUAGAGUCUGCCGUUCGCGACCAGAUUCGAGAGUACCGCGACGUCUUCCCUCCGUAUUUCUCAUACAGUGGGAUCCCUCCGAUGCGCGGUGUUGAGCAUUCUAUCCAGCUCGUGCCUGACUAUCGUGUUCAUCAUCAGGCACCGUACCGACUUUUGAUCCCAAAGGCGACGGAACUCAAGCGUCAGCUUGAGGAGCUCCUUCGACUGGAUUUCAUUAAACCCAGUAACUCCCCUAGGCGUGCACCUGUCCUCUUUGCUCGUAAAGCGGACGAAACUCUUCGCCUCUGCAUCGACUACCGCGACCUUAACCGUCACACGGUAAAGAACAACUAUCCUAUGCCCCUCGCGGAUGAGCUGUUUGACCGUCUGACAGGCAACCGCUUCUUCACGAAGAUCGAUCUUCGUAGCGGUUAUCACCAGAUCCGCGUUGCCGCAGAGGAUCAGCCGAAGACCGCCUUCCGGCCACUACGAGUUCACGGGGAUGCCAUUCGGCUUCACCAAUGCACCUGCCACCUUCUAGACGACGAUGAACGAUAUCUUCAAGGACAUCCUCAAAGAAUACGUUAUCACACUCGUGGUCCUGCGCUUGACGACUGGAUCGCCCACAUGGCGGCGAUUAUGAAGCACGCACACGAGAGUCUAGCCGACUCCAAGACCCGCAUGGCCGCACGAGCAAACCGAUCACGAAUGGAUCAUCCAUUCAAAGUCGGUGAUGAUGUGCUCGUCAACGCACGCCACUUGCAGGUCGAAGCGGACACACUUCGCAAGUUCAGGCGUCGUUUCUUCGGUCCAUGCCGCAUCCUUCAUGCCGUCGGUUCUGAUACUGCCGCUAGUCCGGUCAGCUUCCGUGUGAAGCUACCUGAUUACCUUCGACAGGCUCGCGUACACGAUGUCUACCACGUCUCCUUGCUGCAUCCUUAUCGCAGACCGUCCGAGCGCUCGUCCGGACGCCCGUAUGAGCGCCCUCCACCUAUCAUGGUGGACGGUCACGAGGAGUUCGUCGUUUCCGACAUCGUAUCUCGCCGAGUGACCGAUGAUAUCCCUCCAUGCAUCGAGUACCUUGUGCGUUGGAAGGGUUAUCCUGAUGAGGAGGCUACUUGGAAGCCCCUCGAGCACUUGCAGCACUCCAAGAUGUUGGUGCGUGCAUAUGAUCGUGCUCGUCGUCCUGAGAUGGCUUCCCCUGCUCAGCCGACUCACCCUCUUCCUCCUCCUCCGGCUGAGGAGAUUGCUGAGGACGAGCCCGCUCCCUCCGAAGUCGUUCCUCAACCGCAGACGGUCGCCUCCGAGCGUCCACAGCGCACUCAUCGUCGCCUUGCACGUUACGAUGACUGACACACUUAUCCUUUAUCCUUCCCCACUGAUUCACACCAUCAGGUACUUCAUCAUCAGUUCUUCUUCAGGAUGUCAGCGUUUUGCGGCUCUGCUUCGACAUCGACCUCGA